AUGACGACGUUGCGUCAGGACAGCUGGGUGGUCCUGCGUCAGUGGCUGCUGGCAGUCAGGCUUGUGCCCCUGUGGUGGCAGGUGGGGUGGGACAACCUCUGCAGCUGCCCGGGGGACAGGCCGCAGCUGCUCGCAAGCGCGACUCCUGUCGCACAGCCGGCGCCCCGCGUCGCCGCGGGCGACGGGGCCGACGAGGCCUUCCGGUGCCAGCCCGCGGGCCGCGAGGUGGAGGAGACGGCGCAGGACCGGGUGUUCCACUGGCUCGGCAAGUCGCCCGAGUACGGUUCCCCGUGCUUCACCGCCAUGCAGAGGCACUUCCCCAACGCGCUGCCGUCGAAGGUCGUGCACAACCGCUCGAGGGCCGUGCUCGAGAUGCAGUACGGCUUCCGGCCCGAGACCACGCUGCUGGGCUCCUCGUUCUGCCCCGACGAGAUCAACAACGAGGACCGCGACCUGCCCACGGUGAUGCGGCAGUACUACGGGGACAUCUUCCCCAUGGGCGGCAUCGGCGGUGCACCGUACGUCGGCGAGACGGGCUUCGCGGCCUUCUCCAGCCACGUUGCGGACAAUGGCGACAUCAUCGUCGUGUUCGGCCCUCAUGUCGGCAUCUCGGUGGAGGGAGAGGUGGGCAAGUACCUCCGUCAGGGCCAGAGUGGAAACUCGAGCGCUUGCGGUGCCGUCAUCGGGGCCUACAACGCUUGCCUCUGCGGCGGAGGCGGCAACCCUGAGAUGGACGAGGCCGACAUGCAGAUGAGCGAGAUCAAGCAGGAGUUUGCCGCCCAUGCGGAGAAGCUGUCCAAGGCCGAGGAUCCGAUGGCCGCGUGCCGUCCAGGCAUUUGA